AUGGCACAGCCGCGGCGAAGCUUCUUUCUUUGUGAUGGCAAUCCCGUGGGGGCGGAGCUGAAAGAAUUGAAUGUUUGGCUUACAGAAGCCAACUUCCAAGGGCAAAGUGGCUCAUUGCAUGACCUGAAGGAGCACUUGCGGAUGGUCCAGAAAUGGGCGGAGGAUCUGGUGCUCUUUGUGGCGUUGCCCAAACACCUUGCAGCUUCUCGUGAUAGUGUCGAGAGCUUCAUUAACGUCAGGGCCGGCAGCUCGCUGUGCGUGAUUGUUAUCUUUGCAGAGUCGAAGAGCGACAGCCCAGAUCCUUCCAUCAAUUUGAACUUCCAGUCAAAUGAAAUUCUUCCAGAGAAGAUGAACAGGAAAGACAAAUGGCAAGCCGAGAAGUUGCUGCCCUAUCGCCACAGCAAAGCCGAGUUCGGCUACUUGGUGGUUUCCGACUUGGGGCGCCUUCUCUGUUUGUGGCGAAGGCUUCAGGCUACCCAGUGCCAUGAUCUCUCAAGCUUGUUGGACGAAGCCAGCAGGGAAGAGCAUGUGCUGGAGCACCUGGAAACUACAGCCAUGACAAGCUUCACAUCCCUGGCGGUGACGUUCAGUGAUUCCUGUGGUGCGUGCAGCAAUCUGGAAGAUGCAGUUCGGAUGGGGCACCUCACAUGUUUGCAGAAUUUGCUGGUCAAUGGUCGCGGUCGGGGUCCAGCAUCCGAGGAGUUUUCGCCUCUGCACCUAGCGGUGCUGAAAGCAGGACAAAGGAAAGGUAAAGUCUUCGUGAAGAUGGCCAAGCUUCUCUUGGCGGCCAAGCAUGACGCUGGACUCCAAACCUCUCAUGGCAUCACUCCGUUGCACUGGGCAGCUGGCUAUGGGCUAUCCGCCCUCACGUGGACCAUGUUACAUCUAAGCGGCACUGGCGAGCUGACCUGGGUUGCGAAAACGGAUCCAUACGAUGCAAAGAACUUGGAGAAGAUGGGAAGGUUGGCCAACCUGCCGGACAGACGGGGAAGGACUGCGCUUUAUCGGGCUGUGAUGCAUGGCCAUGAGGAGUGUGUGCGGUGGCUGACGCAGAUGGGCGCAGACUGCAACCUUAGUGAUGCCAACCACUGCAGCCCACUCCACGCAGCUCUUCAGCAAAAUCCUCGAGUAGCGCUUGUGACCACGCUUUUGAAGGCCAGGGCUGCGGUCAAUUCCGCGGAUGCUGAUGGACGCCUUCCUUUGCACCUCCUGGCAUCUCAUCGGACACACAGCGAUGACUUGUUGGAGCGCCUCCUCCCAAGCGAUGCAGUCACCGAGUGCAGGGAUCGUGAUGGCUGGACUCCUUUGCAUGAGGCAGCUCUUUCAGGUAAUGCAAAGCUCCUGGAGCAGUUGCUGCUGAGGGCCCAUGCGCAUGAGAAAGCCUUGCCUGGAGUAUUGUCCAUCAGGGAUUCCACGGUGCCGCACAUCCUUCACGUUGCCAUCAUGGCGAAGAGCUCCGAGUGUGUUGAGCUGCUCCUAAACUCGAGGGCGUCACCCCUCGAAACGGCCUGUCUCACUUGGGACGCAGAGCACUUCCGAAUCCAGCGGCAUUAUACUGAGGUGGGCCUUUGCUUGAUGAACUCCGGUGUUUUGGCAGCUCCUUUUGAUCGGAUCCUCUUCAAGACAGACCUGCACGCAGAUGAGUUCCAGCGGAACGUGGGUGAGAAACUGAGGGAGCUGCAGCGAAACUACGACCGCAGCGAGCUGAAGGUUCUUCACACGAGAGAGCUGACACGGGAACAGUGCGAGAUCAUCUUGGCAGAAGCCCAGCGCCUUGGUAUGAGAUGCAUCCCGCCAGGUGACUUCAAGGAGGACGGUUCGCGUCAGACAUUGAGCUUCGGCAGCGAGUGCGAAGCCGCAUGCAUGGGGGAAAUGGAUCCUGGUGCGGAGUGCUGCUUCUACGAUAUGAGCGACUUCCAGCGUCGCUUGGUGCAUGAAGUCGCCAGGGAUCUGGGCGUGCACUCGCGCAGCGAAGGCCAGGCCGUGCGUGUGAGGAAGGCAUUGGAGCAAGCGUCGAAGCGUCCACGAGUGGAGAAAGACGAGGACUUUCUGGAGGAGCUCCGAGGUGACUUGGAUUCUUUGAAAGAAGGGGACGCGAUGCACCUGGGCUAUGGCUUAUCCUCCUACCGCCGCAAGAAGUUGCAUGAGGAGGUGGAGAGGAGGGGUUGGUCCUCCAAGUCUGACGGCAGCAGUAUUUGCGUGCGGCACGUGGCCCCCACUGAGCAUCUGGACGUGACUCACCCAAAGUUGAAAGAGGACGAGGUCAAGGAACGGGUGCGCCGCCAAUUGGAGCUGUUGGGACCAGGAGAGUCAUGCACCUUUCCGGCCAGCCUCAAUAGCUUCGAGCGUCGCAUAGUGCACCAGGUCGCCGAGGAGCUGGGGUGGGUGUCACAGCCAGUCUAG